AUGAGAAUCGCAACGCUGCAAUUUGCCCCGAAACUGGGCGAUGUCGAAGGCAACAUCAGAAGGGCCAAUGACCUGCUCCAGGACGGCCAAGGAGCAACCCCUGCUUCGGGGCUUGAUACCCUGAAGCCCGAUAUUUUGGUACUGCCCGAGCUUGCAUUGACAGGCUACAACUUCCCCUCGCGCGAGGCUAUUGCCCCGUACCUCGAGCCAGCCGGACAGGGGCCGUCCGCCGCCUGGGCGCGACAGACAGCCAAGAAGUACGGCUGCAAGGUGUGCGUGGGGUACCCCGAGAUCGAGGCGGCGAGCGCGGGGCGUGACCAAGCGUCCAACCCGGGGACGUGCUACAACUCGCUGCUUGUGGUCGACGAGCGGGGCGAGGUCAUCCUGAACUACCGGAAGACCUUCCUGUAUUACACGGACGAGACGUGGGCGGCGGAAGGCGACGCGGCGCGCGGCUUCCAUGAGCUCACGUUUGGGCCAUCGCCCAGCGGCGGCGGCGGCAAAGCGGUGGCCACCUCGUUUGGCAUCUGCAUGGACAUCAACCCGUACCGGUUCGAGGCGCCGUUCACGGCGUGGGAGUUUGCGCACCGCGUGCUGGACUCGAAGACGGAGCUGGUGGUGCUGUCGAUGGCGUGGUUGACGCUGCUCAGUCGCGAGGAGAUGGCGCAUCUGAAGGAUCGGCCGGACAUGGAUACGUUCAACUACUGGAUUCAGCGGUUUCUGCCGCUGGUGAGGAAGCGGAUGCAGCAUGGUGUGGCUGUGGAUGGGGCAGAGGGGAAGCAGAUUAUCAUUGUGUUUGCGAAUCGAGCUGGGGAGGAGGAGGGGGCGGAGGGGGCCAGUCCGGCGCGGUACGCAGGCACGAGUACGAUUCUUGCGAUUCGACAGCGGCCGGCGCCUCACUCUCAGUCUGGCUCUCGCGCGGCUGGGGCCGUGUCUGAUGGAGAGGGUGGGGAGGAAGGUUCUGCGAGCGAGGCCGCAGAUGCGUCGGCGUUUGAUGUGAAGAUCCUGUGUUGGGACAUGAUGGGCGCUGGGAGCGAGGGGAUUUGUUUUGCUGAUACUACGGCGGAUCCCCGGAUGGUGUUUGGGUUGGUGAAGGCAGGAACUUGA